AUGGUGGAGGCCUAUGGUAAUCUACAUAGUCGCAUCAUAUCUGACUGCGCGGUUUCUUGCUUUCAUGAUCAGGUGGUGGUUAUUUGUUCGAGUCCGUUGAGUCACUUCCUAGAGACGCUCGGACACGCAACCAGUCAUACUGUGGGAACAUAUAAUGGACUUCUCGAAGUUCAGGUUACUAGAGAUCGUGAAACUGGGAAGCUAAUCACCACCUGUGAGCAUAGAGUUCUUGGCUCUAGCCAGGGAACACUCUUUACUUCCAAGAUUGACUUAGGAGCCUUAUUAUAUGAUCGCGUGGGAGAAACACACGAUUCUGUGGCUAUACCAGGCCCUGCGGAAAUUGCUCAAUCUGCAGACUUAGCAUUCGAAAUAAUCGGGUCAUGGUAG